AUGCAACAGCUCAUCACAGUUAGCGAUGAAGUUUACCUUGAAGCUCGAUUUGACACAUCACAGCAAUGGGGCAUUUUGUCGCUCCCGUCAAAAGCGAUGGUUUUAAAUUUACGUGAAACCCUGCAACGAAUUUUAAUCUGCUUUCUCGUGAUCUGCAAUGUGGCGGAAGCUUUUGUGAUCCAAAUUGUUCGAAGUGUGUGUGAUUUCGUGCACGGUGUGGUGAACGUGUGUAUGGUUGUGAUCUACCUGUUCGUCUUCGGUGUGGUGGUGCUGCUUAGCUGGUCGGUGGAGAUAUGUCGAUUUCUGCUGCACUGAUAAAGUAAGCACAUGAAGCUGACGAACGGUGUAUCUGUUUAUUAAAUUUAAUUGUGGAAUAAAAUUGGUUUAAAAGUCAUUUUAAUUCCAUAAUACG